CCAUGGCGGCGAGGGCAGCAGACAGCUGUCGCAGUGCGCACAGGCGGAGAGCGAGCACCGCCGAGCAGAGGCUGACGCCCGGGCUUUGCACGCGCGCCCCCGCCUGGGGCUAUAAAAACCGCGCCACCUGCUGCCACCGCUAAGCAGUGCGUUCAGUUGCCUGGAGAAGCCAAUUCCCCUCUCUACUGGCUGGCUGCCUGCUUCGACAUGGACCCCGAGACCUGCCCCUGUCCUACUGGUGGAUCCUGCACCUGCGCUAACUCCUGCAAGUGCGAGGACUGCAAAUGCACCGACUGCAAGAAGAGUGAGUGCUCCUGCUGCCCUGCGGAAUGUGAGAAGUGUGCCAAGGACUGUGUGUGCAAAGGUGGGGAGGGGGUCAAGGCGGAGGAGGAGAAGUGCAGCUGCAGCCACUGAAGACGUGGCCCUCCACGGAGAGCAUGUGAAUAGUGCUCAGUGGCCCAGGGCCACCUCUGCCUGUAGCGGGGUGUGGCUUUACCCCCCCCCCCCCAUAAGUGACAAUAAAUUCCAUGAACACUAUGAAACAA